UUUUAUAUCAUAACACUUAAUACAUCUGUCUCACCCAAUAUCUGUCAAAAUUUUGUUGUUGAUUUUCUCUCAGAACAUUCGGUUUUUAAAUAUUAAAAAGAAACCAUGUCGAUCUCCCCGUUCUUGCGGUCCCCAUUCACCGAUGUCACUGGUGGCUUGGUGUCACAGCAAAUGCUGGGGCGGUGCCAGAAGCAAGAAGGCCGCUUUAUGGACUGCCUGGAGGCCUACGGCUUAGACCGCGGAAAGGUCAAGUGCGCCUCACUAUUUGAAGACUUCCAUGAAUGUCAAACAUCCACGAAACAGUUCAAACGAUUCAUGGUAAGAAUUCAAUCUCGGAACUUAAUUUUAUGGUCUGAAAACUGAGUUUAAAAAUUGUUUACCACUUUGUAAAACAUAAAAUGCCAUAAACAAAGAGAGACCGAUUGUUUCGUUUCCAUAAAAGAAAAAACAAAACGUAAUUUAAUCAGACCAAUUUAGUUUCUUUUUUUUUAUCGUUGUUCUGCUAUCCUGCGGCAGCAGUAUCGAAACGCCAAUCUGUUGGUUGUUCAUGUACGCACCAAACCAAUCAAAUUCGACGGCAUGACUCGCGCGAAGUUCGUUAGAGUCGCCAACGCCUCCUAGCGUCAGUUUUCAAAAAAGGAAGCGCGCGCGCGGCACGGUACGAUAUCGCGGCUCAACUAAAACCGAAAACCGAUUACACCUCCUAUUAAAACCGUGUGAAAUCAUCAGCCAGUAGCCUUCAUCAUCUCAGGAUCACCAACGGAGUGGAAGCUCAACGAAUAGUGCAGGUCGCAGCCCAGGAUUCACAAGG